AUGAGUAGACAAUUUAGUUCUAGGUCUGGGUACCGGAGUAAAGGAGGCUUCAGCUCUGGCUCUGCUGGGGUUGUCACCAAUCUGCGCCGGACCACCAGCAGCUCUGUGCGCCACAGUGGGAGAGGCAGUGGAAGAUUUUCAGUCUCUGGUGGUGGAGGUGCUGGUGGUGUUGGUUUUGGAAGUCGGAGUCUUGUUAGCCUUGGUGGCAGUAAAAGUAUCUCCUUAAGUGUGGCUAGAGGAGGUGGACAUGGUGGUGGUUGCGGUGGUUAUGGUGGCGGCAGCUUUGGUGGUGGUGGUGGCUUUGGUGGUGGUGGCUUUGGUGGUGGUAGCUUUGGUGGUGGCAGUAGAUUUGGUGGUGGUUAUGGUAGUGGUGGAGGUUUUGGUGGUGGUGGUGGUUUUGGCAGUGGAGGUGGUUUUGGUGGAGGUGGUUUUGGUUUUGGGGGAUUUGGAGGUGGUUUGGGGCCUGUCUGUCCCCCUGGUGGCAUACAGGAAGUCACCAUCAACCAAAGCCUUCUGCAACCCCUCAAUGUGGAGGUUGACCCUCAGAUCCAAAAAGUCAAGUCUCAAGAAAGGGAGCAAAUCAAGACACUCAACAACCAAUUUGCCUCCUUCAUUGACAAGGUGAGGUUCCUGGAGCAGCAGAACCAGGUGCUGCAAACAAAAUGGGAGCUGCUGCAGCAGAUAGAUACCUCCACUAGAACUCACAGCUUAGAGCCCUUGUUUGAGCAAUACAUCAGCAGCCUCAGAAACAGGAUAGACCACCUGAAGAGUGACCAGUCCCGGAUGGAUUCAGAACUGAAGAACAUGCAAGACCUGGUGGAGGAUUAUCGGAACAAGUAUGAGGAGGAGAUCAACAAGCGGACAAAUGCAGAGAAUGAAUUUGUGACCAUCAAGAAGGAUGUGGAUAGUGCUUAUAUAACCAAGGUGGACCUUCAGGCCAAAGUUGACAACUUAAGGGGUGAAAUUGAGUUCCUCACAAUGCUCUACCAAGAGGAGUUGUCUCAGAUGCAGACUCACAUCAGUGAAACCAACGUUACCCUCUCCAUGGAUAACAACCGUAGCCUAGACCUAGAGAGCAUCAUUGCUGAGGUCAAGGCCCAGUAUGAGGAUAUUGCCCAGAGGAGCAAGGCUGAGGCUGAGUCCUUGUACCAGACCAAGUAUGAAGAGCUCCAGAUCACCGCUGGCCAACAUGGAGACAGUUUGCAAAAUUCAAAGAUGGAGAUUUCUGAGCUGAAUCGGAUGAUCCAGAGACUUAGAGCUGAAAUUGAAGCUGUGAAGAAGCAGAUCUCUCAGAUACAGCAGUCUAUCAGUGAUGCUGAACAGCGUGGUGAGAAUGCCCUCAAAGAUGCCCAGAACAAGCUGUCAGAGCUGGAGGAUGCCCUGCAGAAGGCCAAGGAGGAUUUGGCUCGCCUAGUGCGGGACUACCAGGAGUUGAUGAAUACCAAGCUGGCUCUGGAUCUGGAAAUUGCCACCUACAGAACCCUCCUGGAAGGAGAGGAGAUCAGGAUGUCUGGAGAGUGUGCCCCGAAUGUGAGCGUGUCUGUGAGCACCAGUCACACCAGCAUCAGUGGAGGUGGUAGCCGAGGAGGCGGUGGUUUCAGCUCUGGUGGUGGUGGCGGUAGCUACAGCUCCGGAGGUGGCAGUUACAGUUCCGGAGGUGGUGGCGGCGGUGGCGGCAGUGGCAGCUACGGCUCUGGAGGCGGCAGUGGAGGCCACAAAAGUGGCUCUGGAGGGGGCGGUAGCAGCUUUGUUGGUCGGGGUUCUGUUGGUGGGAGCUCUGGAGGCAGCUACAGUUCCUCAGGAGGACGAGUAUCCAGUUCUGGGGGAGUCAAGACCUCUGGUGGCAGCUCCAGUGUGAAGUUUGUUUCCACCAGUUAUUCCCGUGGAACCAGAUAA